AUGAGGACCAUCAUGGUCCUUGAUUUCCAGCUCGACUCCGGCUUCAGAGUCGCUGGCCUCUCCCUGGACGAUAACUCCGCGCUGGUUCAUCCUGAAUCCCUUGUGCAAGUACUUGUAGAUGAGCAAUCGCUGAUCAGCGACGUAGGCCGUCAACACCGUGGCUGGGAAAAAGAGGAAAGAGAAUCUCUGGAGCGCUGCUUCCGAGCGCCAUUAAGGUCAGAUUCGCCACCGUUUCGUUCCACACCCUCACUACGACUAUCUGCGGCUCCUGGUCUGGCCUCCGGACCACUAGCUCCUUUUCCUGGGAAACACUUAAACUAG